AUGGCUGCUCCAUCGGGCCCUCUGUGGCUGGACGUGAAUCAGUCGCCUUACAGCAACAACGGCAACGCUAUUGCCAGUGUUUUCUUCCUCGCCAUUAUUGCAGCCAGUCUCACCUGCUGCCUUGCUAUUUCGUGGCAGACGCAGCGCUUUAUCCCGUUCAGUCUCGUUCUCAGUAUCACGUGUAUGCUCGAAAUAAUAGCCUACGCAUUGCGGUUACAAGAGUGGUACAUCGUCAGUUACACUACCAACUUCGGGCUGUCGGUCAUAGCACCCGUCUUUCUCACCAUUGGAAUACAUCUAUGCGCCGCCCAGGUCCUCCAUGUUCUCGGAACCGAGCAUGCCGUCUUGUCGCCUAACGCCCACAUGCGAGUCUUUAUAUGGUCAGACCUCCUCGCCGGUCUGCUCCAAGCCGUCGGGCUCGGCCUGACCUUCUCACGCGCCAAACAAGCCGGCCCCUGGGGUAUAACAUUACCGCAGCAGGCUGGCCCGGGACAGGAUGUCAUGUACGCCGGUCUUCUGCUGCAGACGCUCUCGCUUGCCGCGGCGCUGAGCCUUCUCGCCAUCGCUUACUUCAAGGCUGGCAGAGCAGACCGUAAAUAUGGGUACACGACCUUCCACAGGGACGGAGCUGGAUAUGUUCCUCUCACGCCUCGCUUCAAGACUUUUCUCGUCGUUCUUCCACUCGCCGGCGUUUGCGUUCUUGUGAGGUGCGCAUAUCGAUCUGCCGCAGCGUGGGGUGGGAUCGGCAGCCCGAUUGCGAGGGACCAGAUCCUAUGGCUCGUAGCCGAAGGCGUCAUGCUAACCGAGGCAAUCGUGACGCUUGUGGCCUUCCACCCCGCGAUAUGGCUUGACGACGGGGUCAGCGGCAGGAUGCAAGGCGACGAUGCCGAGCAGGAUGGGAACAGGACGUCCAAGCUGGGCAAGAGGCUGACGGUCGGCACCUUCGCGACUGGCUUGACGGACCUGGAACACGGGAAUGUGAGGGACUCACGGCAGGACCUAGGCGACAUCAGCCAGGUCAUCUUCUCGUCGGCCCUGAUCGCCCCCUCGGACGUCUCGUCAGAGGGCUCGCCCUCGCGGCGCGGCUCGGCGGGUGAGCACGGCCACGAGCCCGUCGCCAGGGACGCCGCGCAGAUGACCAGCAGCCCCUACGACCCGCACCUGCCGCCCGCGAGGCGGUACUCGGAGGACAUCACGGCCGAGUCGCGGGCGCUAUCGCCCCUUGAGGCCGAGGAGGAGGCGGACCGCGUGUCGAUCAUCCCGGAGCCGCCGAGGAAGUCCAGCAAGAGGAUAUCGCGCGCGCUGGAGAUGGCCCGCCUGCAGCAGCAGCAGCGGGACGAGGGGGAGGAGGAGGAGGACGACCGGCUGGAGGUCGCGUCGGUCGUGUUGCCGCCGAGGAAGCCCAGCAAGAGGGAGACCAACCACGGCGGCAGGGAGGACGACCUGGAGGAUGUCGCGCUCACGUCGACUUAUUCCCAGUCGCUUUAUUCGCAAUAG